AUUAUAUUCUUUUAAAAAAAUUUAGAAAUGAUUUAUAGCUAAUUAACUAAAAAUGAAAGAAACUAAACAUUUGAGAAUGAAUAAGCAUUAAGUAGGGAGGUUUCUUGACAUUAUGAAAUUAAGUUUGUUUAAGAGAAAAAGAAACAAAAGACAGAAAGGUCUAUUUUUCAUAAAAAUAAGUGCAUACACAAAUCAAAUCAAAUUCCAUUUUUUAAUGCGAUCCACCACUUUUUAAUAUUCAAGAAUCUCAUCCAAUUCUUACUAUAGUCAAAUUUCAAUAAUUGUUAGACCGUUAGAGACGUAGCUUAGACCUCCAAUAAUUCAAUAUUCAGCACUCCAAAAAUUCCAUCAGUUCUUAUUGCCUUAAUAUAAUUAAAUAAAUUUUUUAUCAAAACACACUAAAAUAAAAUAAAUUAAAUAUUUUGAAAUUUAUCCAACUGGAUUUUAAGGUAUAUGUUUACCUUAUCUCUGAAGCAUUCACUCUUGUUUUAAGCUGGCAAUGCAUUAUGCCCCACAUGCAAGCAAAGUGCCAAUCUCUCAUGAAAUUUGAGCUCUUACAAAGGUUGUUGAAGUGAGUUUUAGAGAUCUAGUUUUUGGGGGGGCUUUUUCUUUUUUCUUUUUCUGGUGUUGGGAAAAUGGGGAGUUCAGAAGAGAGAGUUGUGGCUGUGAUCAUGGUGGGUGGCCCCACUAAAGGGACCAGAUUUAGGCCAUUGUCACUUAAUGUUCCAAAACCCCUCUUUCCAUUGGCUGGGCAGCCAAUGGUUAAUCAUCCUAUAUCUGCUUGCAAAAGGAUACCAAAUCUAGCACAGAUCUACCUCAUUGGUUUCUACGAGGAGCGUGAAUUUGCACUGUUUGUCUCUUCCAUAUCCAAUGAGCUCAGAGUUCCUGUCAGGUACUUGAAAGAGGACAAACCACACGGCUCAGCAGGCGGGCUUUAUAACUUCCGGGAUCAAAUCAUGGAAGAGAGCCCGUCUCACAUUUUCUUGCUGAAUUGUGAUGUUUGCUGCAGUUUUCCUCUCGCAGAGAUGCUAGAGGCCCAUACAAGCUACGGUGGGAUGGGAACAAUUUUGGUGAUCAAGGUUUCUCCGGAAUCAGCAAGCCAGUUUGGGGAGCUCGUAGCUGAUCCCGUUACAAACGAGUUGCUUCACUACACAGAGAAGCCGGAGACUUUUGUGAGUGACCGUAUCAACUGUGGCGUGUAUAUAUUCACGCCCGACAUCUUCACGGCCAUUCAAGGCGUCUCCUCCCAAAGAAAAGACCGAGCAACCCUAAGGCGCGUAUCCAGUUUUGAAGCGCUUCAACCAGCAAACAGGAGCCUCCCGUCAGAUUUCGUAAGACUCGAUCAGGACAUUCUAUCACCACUCGCUGGGAAAAGGCAGUUUUAUGUGUACGAAACCACAGAUUACUGGGAACAGAUCAAGACUCCCGGGAUGUCCCUGAAAUGCUCGGGUUUGUACCUCGCGCAGUUCAGGCGCACCUCACCACAUCUCUUGGCCAGUGGAGACGGCACGAAGAAGGCUGCGAUUUCAGGCAAUGUAUACAUCCAUCCAUCAGCAAAAGUCCAUCCAACUGCUAAGAUCGGCCCCAAUGCUUCGAUCUCAGCUAAUGCUAGGAUCGGAGCUGGCGUGAGGCUCGUCAACUGCAUCAUUCUUGAUGAUGUCGAAAUCAAGGAAAACGCCGUGGUGAUUCAUUCGAUUGUCGGGUGGAAAUCUACCAUCGGAAGGUGGUCGAGAGUCCAGGGCUCGGGAGACCACAACGCGAAGCUUGGCGUCACCAUUCUAGGUGAAUCAGUGACUGUGGAAGAUGAAGUUGUGGUGAUCAACAGCAUUGUUCUUCCAAACAAGACUAUGAAUGUCAGUGUUCAAGAGGAAAUUAUAUUGUGACACCAAUAUCCCAUCUUUAUGUAUACUAAUUAUGUCACGUAUUGUUGCAUUUUUCCAGCUUCUACAUAUGCUUGAUUCACCUUUUUCUUGUGAAUUGUUUCAAAUAAAACGCCUAUUUAUGAUUUA